UCCCAUUUUUUUUUUAUCAACGGUAACCCAAGAAUUGCCAACUCGUGACAAAAUAACUGAUACAUUUUUAGACUAUUUUACACCUAAAAACGUUAACAUUUUUAUUUGGUGACUUGUCAUACGUUUCCGUUCCUAGUUUGUGGCCUAGAGAAUGGCAAUGCGCAUGUGCAGCCCUGGGUUUCCUGACUCGCCGGUUUCCGCCAUUUUCUAUCUUUUACCAGAGAAAGAAAUUCAGCGGAGUCAGUUUGUACAGCACCAAAAUACGCAGGGGUUGCACAGUAAUAACAGGCCGAUAUCCCAGAACAUGGAUGACGACAGCUACCCCAAGACCCUCUAUGUAGGUAACCUGUCCAGAGACGUGACAGAAGUCUUAAUCCUUCAGUUAUUUAGUCAGAUUGGACCAUGCAAGAGCUGUAAAAUGAUUACAGAGCAACCAGAUAGCAGAAGGGUCAACGCUUCUGUUGGAUUUUCUGUUUUGCAGCAAACAAGUAAUGAUCCCUAUUGCUUUGUGGAGUUCUACGAACACAGGGAUGCUGCUGCUGCACUGGCAGCAAUGAAUGGCAGGAAGAUAAUGGGAAAGGAGGUCAAGGUAAAUUGGGCAACAACUCCAAGUAGCCAGAAGAAAGACACAUCCAAUCACUUCCAUGUCUUUGUGGGAGAUUUGAGCCCAGAGAUAACUACAGAAGAUAUCAAAGCUGCUUUUGCUCCCUUUGGUAAAAUCUCGGAUGCUCGUGUUGUGAAGGACAUGACAACAGGGAAAUCAAAGGGCUAUGGAUUUGUGUCUUUCUACAACAAACUGGAUGCAGAAAAUGCAAUUGUACACAUGGGUGGACAGUGGUUAGGAGGUCGACAGAUUCGGACUAACUGGGCCACUCGCAAGCCACCCGCACCAAAGAAUGUCCAAGAAAACAGCUCUAAGCAAUUGAGAUUUGAAGAUGUUGUGAAUCAGUCGAGCCCCCAGAAUUGCACUGUCUACUGUGGAGGCAUUCAGUCAGGAUUAACAGAGCAAUUAAUGCGUCAGACUUUCUCACCAUUUGGACAGAUAAUGGAAAUCCGAGUUUUCCCCGAAAAAGGGUAUUCAUUUAUCAGGUUUUCCUCACAUGAAAGUGCAGCCCAUGCCAUUGUUUCAGUUAACGGGACUAGCAUUGAAGGCCACGUUGUUAAGUGUUAUUGGGGUAAAGAGUCACCCGACAUGGCAAAAAACUUUCCACAGAUGGAGUAUGGCCAGUGGGGGCAGUGGAGUCAGAUGUAUGGAAACCCACAGCAGUAUGGACAGUACAUGGCUAAUGGCUGGCAGAUGCAAUCUUAUGGCAUGUAUGGCCAGGCAUGGAAUCAGCAAGGCUUUGGUGUUGAGGACUCGCUGUUGGCGGCGGCGGCAGCCCAGAACAUAUCAAGGCAGUCUCAAUCCCCAGCCUGGGUGGGAGGUUUCGGGGCUCAGCCGGCUCAAGGACAGGGGGCCCCUGCUGUAAUACCAAACCAAGCGGGCUUUGGAAUGGCAGGUUAUCAGACACAGUGAGCGGGGACUCGCCACAAAUAUACUUGUUAAAAUAAAAUUAAAAUAAAUGCAACCUUUAAUUUGAGAAUGUAAAGAGACGAGCAUGUCUACACCUGGAAAGAAGUAGAAUAUUUAUUUUAAAUCUGAAAGAUUUGAAACUAGCACAGCUUCGCUUUUGGUGGAGGAAACCAAUGUCUCGAUUUUGUUUUGUGUUGUGUUUUUUUUUUUUUUUUAAA